AAAAACCCAUAUAACAGAAUAGUCAAAUUUUACUAAACCGUGUUAAUAAUUAUCUUUUAAAAUUUUUCCAACUAUAAAUAUUUUAAAAUUGAAAAAUUACACGACUUCAUUGUUAAUAGAAAAUGAUUGUGUAUACAUAUUUACAUGUCUUUAUGUUUUCGGGACUAAUACUUACAACGAUUGCCAAUGAAAUAAUUGAAUACUUGUCUUUUAAAAACUUACUAGAAGCAAAAGAAGAAUUUUAUAAUUGCUUAAAUAACAUUGAAUUUGACGACAAUAUACAAAUAGAGAAAGAAUCAUUAUAUGCAUUUUUAAAUGACAUAAGAGAAAGGUAUGUGUCCGGUAAUUUACCACCGAUCAAUACGAGUAAAGAAGUAAUGAAAUUCAUUGGAAUGUUCGGUGAUUUAACACUAAAUAAGAUCAGUAAAGAAUUAAUGAACUCCAAAGGAGAACAAACAUCAAGUAUUAAAAAAGAUUUAAACAUUUGCUGUACUAUGUUUCAUGAGAGAUUGUUCGUAGUUGAAGAACCUAUAAUAACUGAAAACAAUGAUAUUGUUACCAGGGCUUUAAAAAAUUAUGGUAUAGCUGUCAAUAUGUUGUAUGACUGUUUCAAAAAGUAUCAUUGUUUGGAUAAUGGCGCAAUACCAAAGAACAGAUUAAACCAUGAUUAUUUUCGUAAAUCUACGAUCAAUAAUUUAAAGAACAUUAUAUCUAAAACUUCUACUCCUCAAAAUAUGGUUAAACAUGUACGAAAUUGCAUUAUAAUGAACGAUAAUGUAUUUGGGAAGUAUUGUUCUGCAGCUUAUUAUACUUUUUUGAUAUCUGAAAAUAAUGGAAUUUUUUUUACAAUAACUGUUGAUGGAAUAAUGAAUUUAAUAACAUUGAAGAAUUUACCUCGUGCUAAAACAGCGCUGUACAAUUGCUUCACGAACAAUAAUUUAAUUGAUUUUAUAAAAAAUCGCAGAUCUUUUGAUAAAUUUUUAAACGGUUUAAGAAAAAGAAUUGUUUCUGCUAAAGUUCUCCGUAAAAAUGUUCAUGUGGAAAUAAUAAAAUUCUUAAAAGAAGAUUUAUCAAAUUUCACGAAUGAAAUAAUUAAUUGUUCUACUAAUUUUUAUUCGACAUUGUUUGAAGUGACAGAACCUGAAGUAAGUAUAAAAAGAUUCUUAAUUUCGCUUUGAAGGUAAAAUUAGCUAAAUUAACGAUUAGUAAACUAAAGGUCGAUUUAUACUAUAGUCAAUUAUUUAUGAAAAUUAUUUAAUUUUAAAUAAUACGAUUUCGUUACAUAAUUUCUAGGACUAAUGUAUCCUUAUUUUGAUUUUUAUUGUGUAAAUUCAUUUUAUUGAGAAAUUUACAUCAAUUAAUUAAACCUUCUUCUCUUCUGUCAAACACAAGAUUUAAAAGUAUUUGGUCGGUAAAUUACGAUAUUUUAAAUAGGACACCGUGACAAGGCCGACUGUAUAUUAUUAAUUAUGCUUUCUGUUUCGUUCCUACGAUCAACUUGGCAGUUACGAAUUUUUCGAUAUCGAACUUAGCGUCAGAUUAAUUUUAUUACUAGUAUGCCACUCUGUUAUCAUUCUAGGUUUUAUUUAAACAAUGAUUAUUUUUAUUUCUCUUUGC